CAGCCCUAGUCAAACAGCUGAUAUGCAAAAUAAAAUUAAAAACAUUGCCUUAGUUAGUCCCAGCUUCGACGCGUUUGCACACGUUGCACUUUUAGUGGCCCAGUGAAAAGAAAGCGCUUCGAUAUAUCCAACAUCAAUUUGAUAUGUUCAGAAGCAAACUUCAUCUCGGUAUACGAAGCACUUUGACAGCGGCAAGGAACCUUCACGCGUUUACGUCAAUCGCAGCAGUUGUUGCCCCCCAGGCGCCACCGAGAGUGUUGCAUCGCAGUUGGCGUAGUCCUAUCGAUUCGGGAGUUAGCCAAGAUUACCGUGGAAUGGCCAGUGGAGGGGAAACGAAGGCAGCGCCGCCAAAGGCUCCAGGCAAUCGAUUGGUUUCUUCAAAGUCUCCAUACCUAUUGCAGCAUGCGUAUAAUCCAGUGGACUGGUAUCCCUGGGGCGAGGAGGCCUUCGAACGUGCCCGCACCGAGAAUAAGAUGAUCUUUCUGUCUGUGGGCUACUCAACCUGUCACUGGUGCCAUGUCAUGGAGCACGAAUCGUUUGAGAACGCUGAGACAGCGGCAGUUAUGAAUGAACAUUUUGUAAACAUCAAAGUGGAUCGCGAGGAGCGUCCCGAUAUUGACAAGAUCUAUAUGACAUUCUUGCGCAUGACCAAGGGUGGCGGUGGCUGGCCCAUGAGCAUCUGGCUGACGCCCGACUUGGCUCCACUAACCGCUGGCACCUAUUUCCCCCCGACAGGCCGGUAUGGCAUGCCUUCGUUCAAAACUGUCCUCCUGGCCAUAGCCAAGCAAUGGCAGACGAAUCGACCAAUGCUUAUUGAGUCGGGCUCCUCUAUUCUCAAUGCUUUGAAGACAAACGAGGAUGUGUCCGCUGUUGCAGAGGCUGCCUUUGAGCCGGGCAGCGCCGACGCCAAGCUGGCGGAAGCUAUCGGUGUACACAAGCAGCGGUUCGACCAAGCGAACGGUGGCUUCGGUUCGGAGCCAAAGUUUCCCGAGGUGCCUCGCCUCAAUUUCCUCUUUCAUGCCUAUCUGGUGAGCAAGGAUGUGGACGUGUUGGACAUGGUGCUGCAGACUCUGGACCACAUUGGUCGUGGCGGCAUCAACGACCACAUCUUUGGUGGCUUUGCGCGCUAUGCCACAACCAAGGAUUGGCACAACGUGCACUUCGAGAAGAUGCUGUAUGACCAGGCCCAACUGAUGGCGGCCUAUUCCAAUGCCUAUAAGCUGACGAGGAGCGCACCCUUUCUGACCUAUGCAGACAAUAUCUAUAAGUAUAUAAUGAAGGACCUGCGCCAUCCCCUGGGUGGCUUCUAUGCCGGCGAGGAUGCCGACUCAUUGCCCACUCACAAAGACACGGUCAAGGUUGAGGGAGCCUUCUACGCGUGGACCUGGAGCGAAAUUGAAGCAGCCUUCAAGGACCAGGCCAAGCGUUUCGACGACGUCUUGCCGAAGCGCGCCUUUGAGAUCUAUGCCUUCCAUUACGGUCUCAAGCCGCAGGGCAAUGUGCCCACCUACAGUGAUCCACAUGGCCAUCUGACCGGAAAGAAUAUACUAAUUGUGCGUGGAUCAGAGGAGGACACCUGCUCCAACUUUGACCUGCAGCCGGAUAAACUUGACAAACUGCUGGAGACGGCAAAUGACAUACUGCAUGUGCUGCGGGAUGAGCGGCCGCGACCACAUCUGGAUACAAAGAUUAUCUGCGCAUGGAAUGGCCUAAUGCUGUCGGGUCUCUCCAAGCUGGCCAAUUGUGGCACAGCCAAGCGAGAGGAGUACAUGAAAGCGGCCAAAGAACUCUUAGAAUUUCUGCGCAAGGAGAUGUAUGAUCCGGAACAAAAGCUGCUGCUGCGCUCGUGCUAUGGGGUGGCUGUGGGGGAUCCAGCCCUGGAGAAGAAUGAAUCACAAAUCGAUGGCUUCCUGGAUGACUAUGCCUUCCUCAUCAAGGGUCUGCUCGACUAUUACAAGGCCUCGCUGGACCUCAGCGCCUUGCGCUGGGCCAAAGAGCUGCAAGAGACCCAGGAUAAACUCUUCUGGGACGAGCAGAAUGGUGCCUACUUCUUCUCGCAACAGAAUGCCCCCAAUGUGAUUGUUCGGCUAAAGGAUGGUGAUGACGGUGCUGAGCCCUGCGGCAACAGUGUCUCCGCCCGCAAUCUAACGCUGCUGUCGCACUACUACGACGAGGAGAGUUUUUUACAGCGAGCCGCCAAGUUGCUGAACUUCUUUGCCGACGUUUCGCCCUUUGGCCAUGCCCUGCCCGAAAUGCUCUCGGCACUGCUGCUGCACGAGAACGGACUGGAUCUGGUGGCCGUGGUGGGGCCCGACUCGGAUGAUACCAAGCGCUUUGUGGAGAUCUGUCGUAAGUUUUUCAUACCAGGCAUGAUCAUCUUGCACGUGGACCCCCUGCAUCCCGACGAUGCCAGCAAUCAGAGGGUGCAGAAGAAAUUCAAGAUGGUAAAUGGCAAGACCACAGUUUACAUUUGCCACGAUCGCGUCUGCCGCAUGCCGGUCACCGAUCCCACGCAGCUGGAGGAGAACCUGAUGGCCAACUUCUUCACCGAGCGCGUCUAAAUAUUGGAGAUUACUCGAAUUAGAUUUAAGCCCCCACUGAAUGUUAUUAUUAGUUAUGUUAUUGUUUUCGCUUACAAAGCGCAGCUCGGUUCUCGGAACUUUGUAGACACAUGCACGUCUAUUGUGCCCAAGAAAAAGCCCCACACAAUUCGCGGGGGGGCAAAGAGCAGUUCUCUUUCUCUUCUCUUCUCAAAUACAUACAACACAUUUUGUGCUUUUAUUGGAA